AUGGCGGACACUACUGCUGAUGCCGACACUUCCAUUCUCAAUGCGGAUAACUUGACCAAGUACAAGAUCGCGGCGACCAUCAGCCACAAAGUCCUCGAGGAAGUUGCCAAAUGGCUGGCCGACGGGGAAAAGAUUGUGGAUCUGUGCAUAAAGGGAGACGCACUUCUUGACGAAGAGCUGAGCAAAGGCAUGUUAGCCUCUGCCACGCAGCAGCAGCAGCGGAGGCAGCCGGGCUCACUGCGACCACCUGGGCUGGCGCGGGCUCGGUUGAGACACAAUGCAGUGUACAAGGGCAAGUCGGUCAACAAAGGCAUCGCUACUCCUUGCACGAUAUCACCCAGUUCCCACGUCACUCCUUUUACACCCCUGGUCUCGGAUGCGGAGGAGGCAGCAACCACAAUCAAGGCUGGAGAGUUGAUCAAGAUCCAACUUGGAGCACAGAUUGAUGGCUUCGGUGCGAUUGUGGGUAAUACCGUGGUCGUACCCAAGGAAAAAGGUGCCAAGGCAGAUAUCACGGGGAGAGAGGCAGACCUGCUGCUAGCCACACACUAUGCCAAUGAACUUCUGCUGAGAUUGUUAGUCCCGCCGGGCCUACUGGCGACUGGCACAGAGGAAGAGAAGAAGAAGGCCGCGGCGGAGAAACCGCCUACGCAGACCAAGAUCUCGUCGCUUGUCGACAAGAUAGCGAAAGCCUAUGACGUCCACGUUGUUCAGCAUACCACUUCUUGGCUGUUCGAAAAGAACGAGAUCGAGGGUAAGAAGAAGAUCAUUCUGUCUCCUGCCGACGGCGCCAAGGGAGAAGGUUCAGCAGAGGUCGGCGAGGUCUGGGGAGUUGAAGUGGGCAUGAGUCUGGGCUCCGGCAAGGUCAAGGAGCUAGACAAACGAUCAACUCUACUCAGACGGACCACCACGACCUACGGCUUGAAGCGGCCCAGUUCAAGGCAGGUUCUUUCAGAAAUCGUCAAGAAGUUCGGCACUUUCCCCUUCAGUCUACGGCAGUUGGACGACGAGAGAGCCGGUAAGGUGGGUGUGGUCGAGUGCAUCAGAUCUGGCGUGCUGCGUGAGUACAAACCAGCUGCCGAGGCAGACGGAUCACCCGUCUCGAGGCUGUUCACUACCGUUGGUAUCACAAAGAAUGGCCUGGUUCGUCUUGCGGCCCCGCCUGUGUUGGAUUUAGAUGCUGUCAAGUCCGACAAGAAGAUCGAGGACGAGGAGAUUCUGGCUAUCCUGGAACGUCCGUUGGCCAAGUCCACCGGCUCAAAGAGCAAGAACAAGAAAAAGAAGAAGAAGCCAGCUAAGAAGGCCGCCGCAGCAGCUGAAGAGGACGACGAUGAUGACGAAGACGACAGUGACGACGAGUGA